AAAAAGUCCAAGUCGCUCGCUCAUUUUAUUUCUCAAUAAAGCUAUAUUAUUAUUAUUUAUUUAUUACUUAAUCCAUAGUCAGACAUGAAGCCACACGAUCUUGCCGUCAAGGAGAUCGCAUCCCGCGUUCGCUCCCUAUACAGCAAGGGCGAGCCCUUCCGCAUCUACCAUGGCUCGACUAACAGCACCCGUAAACCGUCUCUCAAAGAGAAUCAUGUGGACAUGAGCCGCCUCAACCAUGUCCUCAAAGUCGACCGGAACACGAGGACCGCUCUUGUUGAGCCCAAUGUGCCCAUGGACCGCCUGGUCCAGACGACCCUCCAAUACGGACUGGUCCCCCCGGUGGUGAUGGAAUUCCCCGGCAUUACCGCGGGCGGCGGGUAUGCUGGCACCUCCGGCGAGUCCAGCUCGUUCCGCCACGGAUUCUUCGACCGGACGCUGAAUUGGGUGGAGAUGGUCCUUGCGGACGGCGAGGUGGUCAAGGUCUCGGAAUCGGAGCGGAAAGACCUAUUUAGAGGCGGGGCGGGGGCCGUCGGUUCGCUGGGCGUUGUGACGCUCGUCGAGUUGAACCUGCUAGAAGCCAAGGAAUAUGUCGAGGUGACAUACCACCGGACCAACAGCUCGAAAGAGGCGAUCGAGUUGACCUACGAGCUGUCAAAGGACCCGGCCGCUAAUGAUUUAGACUAUGUUGAUGGUAUCCUGUACAAUCAUUCGCACGGUGUGGUGGUCACUGGCAAGAUGGUCUCCAAGCCUCUUCCGUCGAUGCCUCUCGUUGAAUUCGUCCGACCCAAUGACCCAUGGUACUAUUUGCAUGCCAAAGAGAUGACCAGCGAUCCCACCUCGCAACCAUACAAAUUUGCAACCACCCUCCCUUCAUAUCUCUUCCGAUAUAACCGUGGGACCUUCUGGGUGGCCCGAAGCAUGUUCCGUUACUUCUUCUUCGUCCCGUUCAAUCGCCUCAUGCGCUGGUUCCUGGACGAUUUCCUACGGCCGCGCAUGGCGUAUCGAUCGCUCCACGCCAGCGGACAGGGCAAACACAUCAUCGUCCAGGACUGCGCCGUGCCGUUCAAUCAUGCGCACCAAGGCAAACAGGGCAGCCCCACCGCGGUGGCUGAGGAGUUCUUGGAGUGGAUGAACGGAUCCGAAAAGACCAACAACAUCGGCGCCAUGAACAUCUGGCCGCUUUGGCUCUGCCCCGUCAAAGUCGACACCUUCACCGCGGGCAGCGAGCGCGGCAGCUUCCACCCGCACCUUCUCCGACCGCAGGGGGCGACCGACGCCACCAACGACAAGGGCGUCAUGCUGAACGUCGGCGUCUGGGGAAUCCCGCACGAAGAGACGACCGGUUGGAGGAAAGACCUUGAUUUCCGCAAGCUCAACCGCACGCUGGAGGACAAGGUGCACGAGCUGCAGGGCCAGAAAUGGCUGUACGCGCACACGCAUUACGAGAAGGGGGAAUUCGCCGACAUGUAUCGGUCGACGGAGUGGUACGACGCGUUGCGGGAGAAGUACUCCGCGACGAGCUUGCCCACCGUGUAUGACAAAGUGUCGCGGAACAACCGGUCCGACACAGGGGGCGCGUACCGGCGUUUUAAGGAUUUGAUCCUGGAAACGUGGCCGUUGGGGGGGAUUUAUGGGAUCUGGAAGGGGAUCUGGAGCUUUGACUGGAGGCUGGAGAGGGCGCAGAGCUGGAUGUGGAAGUCCAACUGGCGGGAAAUCGUGCGGCAAAACGGUCAGAAGGGGUUGAAAGAGGAGUGAGGUCCCCGAUGACGGAUUGGAUUCUCAAUAUUUAGUUGAUACCCCUAUUGAUGCAUGAUUAGCCUGCAAAGGCCAAUGAGAAGCGUUCAUCAAUCGUGAAAA